GCCGGGCCCAGCGCGAGCAUCCCCCGGCGGCGCCGCCGCACGGCUCAGCCCCGGCCGCGGGGCGCGCAGAGGCGGCGGCCGUCCGCUCGCCAGCCCUCGGCCCGUCCCGUCCGCCGCCAGCCGCGCGGGGCCCGCCUCAGCAGUCCGGACGGUGCUCCGGCCUCCCGGGCGCCGCUGCCGCCGCCAUCUUGGGACGCCUUGCCGGGUCACCUGACCUCCCCGCCCACCUCGGCAGCCACCUUCGCCGGGAGGGCGGGGUCGGCCGGCGCCGCGAGGCUCGCGGGGAGGUGCCGGCCCUGGGGGGCGGGGCCCGGAGCCCUAGGCCCCGCCCCUCACCCCGGUCCCGCCCCACCCCGCGCGGACCCCGCCUCCUGGCCCAUCCCAAGAUGGCGGACAUCCCUCUGUACUUUGUGGACUUGCACGAUGACUUAGACGAUUAUGGAUUUGAAGACUACGGCCCAGAUCGUGACAGCAUGAGGCUAACGGCCUUUCUGGACAUUCCAGGCCAGGGUAACCUGCCUCCCCUCGCUCGCCUGGAAAAGUAUGCUUUCAGUGAGAACGUCUUCAACCGUCAGAUUAUUGCCAGAGGGCUGAAUGACAUCCUCCGGGACUUCAGUAACAAUGAGGAGGACUUCUUAAUGGUCAUGGAGAUUGUGGUCAGAUUGUCAGAAGACGCAGAGCCCACGGUGCGGACCGACCUGGUGGAACAGAUUCCUCCCAUUGCCGUCUUUUUACAAGAAAACAGAUCGAAUUUUCCAGGGGUGCUCGCGGACUAUCUUACACCGAUCGUAGUGAGGUACCUCACGGAUCCGAACAACCAGGUUAGAAAGUCAAGUCAGGAAGUGCUCUUGAUUCUUCUGGAACAAGAUCUAAUUUCCCAGCACGAUAUUGAAAACAAAGUGUGUCCGAUCCUGCUGGCACUCUCUGCCCCAGACAGCGACGACGAAUAUAAAGCAGAAGCCGUGAACAUCAUCUGCAAACUGGCUUCGGUGCUGAACAAGAGCACAGUUGAACGCCUGCUGCUCCCUCGAUUCUGUGAAUUGUGUGGGGACGGGAAGCUCUUUCAAGUUCGGAAGGUGUGUGCUACAAAUUUUGGUGAUAUUUGUCAUGCCGUUGGACAAGAAGCCACUGAGAAAUUUCUGAUCCCAAAGUUUUUGGAGCUCUGCUCAGAUAAUGUGUGGGGGAUGCGAAAAGCCUGUGCGGAGUGCUUCAUGGCUGUGUCCUACAGCGCGUCCCCGGAGGUCCGCAGAGCCCAGCUGUCACCCCUCUUCAUCAGACUCAUCAGCGACCCCUGCCGAUGGGUGCGCCAGGCGGCCUUCCAGUUCCUGGGCCCCUUCAUUUCCACCUUUGCGAACCCCCCCAGGGCUGGCCUUUAUAUUGGAGAAGACGGCCCCCUCAGCAUCCGACCACCGGCUCGGGGCCUGGACUCUGAUUUCACCCCGGGGUCGCCCGGCACGGGCAGUUGUGGAAGCACGUCCUCGGCCUGUUCCGCAAGGCCGGUGCGCACGGAGCCAGACCUGCCCACGGAAGGCACGUCCGCGGGAACCAGCAAUUUCCUGUGCCGUAGCUCCUCUUGUGGCAUGAUGGGAAACUCAGUGGAAGACUCUGCCUUGGCUGGAGCUGAGCUGACCGGGCUCUCCCCAGAGGCCAGUGCCACCCUCAAGCUCCCUGAGAGGAACGACCUCCCCGUCAACAGCCACCCUGGACCCGGCUCUUGGACCUGCCCAGAGAGUCCUGAGGAUGUAUUCAAUAAUUUCCUCUAUUGGCGGACUCCUCUCCCUGACAUAAGCAAGGACCUGGAAGAGCUGUUUCUGAGUGAGGCUGGGCCACGCGAAAAAGGCUGCAGCAGACCCGAGCCUGUGCAAAACAGCUGCGUGGCCAGGAGCGAGAUUCAGAAAGUCCUUGAUAGUUUACAGGAGCAUGUGAUGGAUGAUCCAGAUGUUCAAGCUCAGGUUCAGGUAUUAUCAGCUGCACUGAGAGCCGCACAGCUUGACUCUGUGAAUGAGCCCGCGCACCAGCCGACAGAAGGUCUAAAUGAAGUGUCCGCUUCAGAUCCCAGCCCUGCCUCUGACAAUCAGAUGGCUCUGUCGGCUUCAUCAUUGCAGAAGGAGCUCUCCGUGGCCAGGAUAUUACAAAGCACAGACCCUGGCGAACCCUGCGGUGGAGUCAGGGACCCUCUGGAGACCGAGCAGAGGCAUCUCCCCGCCCCACUCGAGGAGAAUAAAUCUAAAUUACAGGAUGUAAUACCUCAGCCCCUGCUGGAUCAGUACGUGUCGAUGACUGACCCAGCUCGAGCCCAGACUGUCGAUACCGACAUCGCCAAGCACUGCGCCUACAGCCUCCCGGGGGUGGCGCUUACCUUGGGCAGGCGAAACUGGCAUUGCCUCAAAGAUACGUACGAAACGCUGGCUUCUGACAUGCAGUGGAAGGUGCGUCGGACCCUGGCCUUCUCUAUUCACGAGCUGGCUGCGAUUCUUGGGGACCAGUUAACAGCAGCUGACCUGGUGCCCAUCUUCAACGGAUUUUUAAAGGACCUGGAUGAAGUACGAAUAGGAAUUCUCAAACACCUGUAUGACUUUCUAAAGUUGCUUCAUGAAGACAAGAGGAGAGAAUAUCUUUAUCAGCUUCAAGAAUUUGUAGUGACGGAUAACAGCAGGAAUUGGAGGUUUCGAUAUGAACUAGCAGAACAGCUGAUACUCAUUUUGGAACUCUAUAAUCCCCAUGAUGUUUAUGAUUAUUUAAUGCAUAUUGCCUUGAAGUUGUGUGCAGAUAAAGUUUCUGAAGUUCGAUGGAUCUCCUUCAAGCUUGUUGUGGCCAUUCUGCAGAAGUUCUAUUCACACAGUGAAAGUGCGUUGGGGUUAGCUUUCGUCCAUGAGCUCAUCGUAAGGUUCCGGCACUGUGCUAAGUGGGUUGGAAGGCAAGCUUUCGCUUUCAUUUGUCAGGCGGUGGUGAGCGAGGAGUGUAUCCCCGCAGACCAGUUUGUCGAACACUUACUCCCCAGUCUUUUAAGCCUCGUGUCAGAUCCUGUGCCCAACGUGAGAGUUUUACUAGCCAGAGCUCUGCGGCAGACGCUGUUGGAAAAGGCGUAUUUGAGAAAUGCCGGUAACCCUCAUCUUGAAGUCAUUGAAGAGACCGUCCUGGCCCUGCAGUCUGACCCGGACCCAGACGUGUCCUUUUUUGCCACCCUCCAACCCAAGCGGCGGAGUACUGCAGACAGCCGUGUGCUAGAAGAGCGGAACUAACCCCUCUGUGGUCGCGCACGCUCUGGGCACUUUGCACGCGGCACAGACUGCUCACCCCAGCUUGGGGGGGCGGGGGGGGGGUCUGAUUGUGUCACACCUUCUGAGGGAGGAAAGAUUCCUGAAACUUUGAGGGCGGGCACUCAGAUGGCCUCUUCCCCUCCGGCAGUCACAGGGACUGCACCUGGGCCGGGCGCCACGCUUCUGCACUGCUCCCUGCCUGAUCAGGAGGUCGGGGCCAAGGUGGUGGAACCAGGCGGCUGGCUGGGGGUGGGGCCUCCAGAACAUCAGACUGCCCUCUCUCCGGCAGACCAGAUUAUUUAAGCCCCCACCCCCCCCCCCCCCCACACACAUCAAGUAGUUUAUUAGAAGCUUUUAAGUCUUUAAUAGACUUGCACAUUUGGCUUCCCUUAUGCUUUCCUAUAAAAUAUAGUUUAUGGUAUCACAUUUUAUUUUUAACUGAAAUAAUGUACAUAUGUAAAUAGCUCUUGACAGGAAGAGCUAAUAUAUUAACGUAACAUUAGCCUCCUAUCAGUGAGCAGAACAAAUACAUCAUUUAAAUUUAUGCUGCACUUUGAGUUACUGCAAAUAUAGCCCAAUUUGUUUACUUUUGAAAAAUGUGAUAGUUAAGGAAAUCUACUAAAGAAUGAUUUAUGGAAGUCUUUCUAAUAUUGUACUUUUGUAUAAACUGUACUUGGAACUUUUCCUCAGGCACUUACCCCUCCCCUUCUCGUAGGAACUGUAUCCAUAAAGACACGUACUGGCCUUUGACAGAGCAUAAAGUAGAAAGAUUUUUCGUUCUUACAUGGAUUCAUUAUCAUACAUUUGAGAGAAGGAAAUUGAUCGUUGAGAUGCCAUGGAUAUCGACUUUGUAUCUAAUGCUCUAGGAUCUUAACGGGAAGUAACAGAAAAAUAGGACCCCGCAGAUCUGAUCAGUUCAUAUACUUGCCAGUCGUUUGGGGGGUUAGAUUAUGACACCCUUCAACUUGACCUGAGUACACAGAACUUACAUUUUAAAAUUUAGAGUGAGAGAAAGAUGCUCUGGAAACUUAAACGAGUUUUCCAUUAAUCAUUUAAGAUUCUACAGACGUUUGCUUAAAUUCUGUAGACUGUGUAUGCUCGUGUUCUUUUUAUUUCUAUCUUUGUCUUCUCGAAAGUAGGCAUCAAAGGAAGGAAGGAGAGGCCCAUUUGGGGUUCAAGAGCUGGCUGCAAAGGUCAUGUUGCUGUGACCAUUCUCCCCUUGGAUCUUUUUCUUGUCCGUCUUUUCUUUCUCCCUUUUCUUAAAAAAUAAAAUCUUUGCAGCUAUAUAUUGAAUUUCCGGGAAUACAGGAUGUUCUCCCCUCCCCCAAAUUCCACUGAGUUGAUUCUUUAAAAAGAAAGGAAGGAAUCUAUACCGUGCCAAAGAAAAUAAGGUACAUGUGUGAGAAUUUCAAAUUGUAACCCAGGGUAGCAUUUCGGCAACUUCAGCAAAGAGUGAGCCAAUAACUUGGAGGCUAUGUAUUAGAGGGCGGGGGGGGGGGGGGGGGGGGGGGGGGGAUUCAGUCCAUCUUGUGUUCUUCAAGGAAAUAGAUGGAGCUAAUUGUUUUGCUUCAGUAACAAACCAUUUUUGAUCCUUUCCGUGUUAGAAAUUGAGAUUGGCCUAUUGUUAAAAUCUGUUGAUCUAGCAGCACGUAGAAUUAUUCAACUGGAAUCUUGGGUUCUGUGCAGAGGUUAAUUUUCCACUAAGGAAAAAAAAAUUCCCCUCGGUCUGUGGCCUGAUGGGUAAUGUAGCAUCUGGGUGCUGAAUCCGAUGUGCUUGUAGCGACUCUCCCGUAAAUAACCCAACCUUUAAACAUCUCCGGUUAUACACGGAAGAUUGUCGAUAACUUGAUAGGAAUGCCUUUCCGGUGCAAAGAUUUUUUUUUUUUUUUUCAUGACUAAUCUCUCUGCCAAAAAUACGUGUAAGGCUCCUAUGUUCUUCUUUUGUAACAACGGAGGUUUUUUUCUAAGAUG